AUUCAAAUCUUCUAUUAGUUUGAUAUAAUUUACUUUUGCUUAUUGUUUAUUGAUUAUUACAGUUGACAACAAUGUCCAAGACGUGGAUGUCGAUGUAAAUGUCGACAAUGCAAAUGUCGACAAUGCAAAUGUCGAUGUAAAUGUCGACAAUGCAAAUGUUGAUGUAAAUGUCAAUAAUGCAAAUAAUCCUAUGCUUCAAUUUGACAACGACGAUAAUCAGUAUUAUGUAGGCGAAUAUGAGCUUCACGACGAGCCCGUCGUUCCAGAGUGGAUCCAAGCUACCCUCGAAACAAUGAUUUUCGAUGAUACUCCUACCGAUAAUCCAGAGGAAAUUUGUACUUUGUGUCAAGUGAAUCAACGAAAAGCAGCAUUUGCUUUAUGUGGACACUUCUGCUUGUGUCUUCGGUGUAAACAUGGAAUGGACAUUUUACGCGCAGAAAUACUAAGAGUUAAUCCCAAUUACCGCCAACCAUGCAUAACUUGUCGUGCACCGAGCGAAGCGAUUGAUAUAGUUAGGGACAUCGAGUAAUAUUAAGAAUAAACUACAAUUUAUUAUAUUCAA